ACAUUUAUUCGUGCGUCGUUUUUGUUGUUCGUUUAUGUGUGUCUCGCAGGAGGAUAUAUUUUUUGUGUGAAAAUUGUUAAAUAAAAUAUAAAAUAUUAAAAAUAAUUAAAAGAAAAACAAGAAAACAUGUGUACCUUAGCUCCCAAGAAGGACGGCAGUCCAAAUAUUGAAUUUUAUAACUCGCCAGAGUCAUUACAAGGUUUUGAAUCCAUACGUCUAUGGUUACAGAAAAAUUGUAAAAAAUAUUUGGCCAGUAGUAAUGAACCUAUAACAAAAGAAUCUCUGGCUCAGUUAUUGAUUCAGUUUCUCCAAUAUGUGGAAGCAAAACUUGGCAAAAAUUCGGCUGAACCACCAGCAACGCGUAUACCGAUGCGUUGUUUUUUGGAUUUUAAAUCAGGCGGUGGAUUGUGUAUUAUAUUCUCUACCAUGUUUCGCUUUCGCGCUGAACAGAGGGGCAAGAAAUUUGAUUUUUCCGUGGGAAAGAACCCAACUCGAAAAGAUCCAAAUAUACAAUUAUUAAUUGAUAUCGAGCAAGCUUUAGUGGAGGCAGACCUUUAUCGUAUUCCAUACAUUUUUAUACGUCCUGAAGUAGAUAAGCAAUUGGCCACACGUUUGCGUGAAAUAUUGGCAACUCGACGAGUAGAAAUAGUUUCGGAUGAAGAGGAUGCCACACAUAUUAUAUACCCUGUGGUUGAUCCUCAUCCCGAUGAAUAUGCACGUCCCAUUUUUAAGCGUGGCAAUUGUGUGAUGAUGCACUGGUAUUAUUUUCCAGAAUCGUAUGAUACAUGGACACCAAAUUCUUUAGAGUUACCCGAUAAUGUACCAGAAAAUCCUGAAUCUCCGGCUGAACGCUGGCGUGUAUCUGCCUCAUGGAUUCUAGAUCUCGAGCAGUACAAUGAGUGGAUGGCGGAAGAAGAUUACGAAGUAGAUGAGUUUGGAAAAAAGAAAAUGCAUAAGCAGCGUUUAUCGAUUGAUGACAUUAUGUCGGGUGGUAUAGACGACAAGAAGAAAGCAAUUAGCGGUACUCCAAUAGCUGCAAAGCAAAAGCGUAGACGAUCUCCAUCGCCGAGUUCUUCUAAAUCGGGAAAACGUAAACGUUCCCCUGCUGUUCUACAUAAAAAGUCACGCAAUGAUGAGGAGGAUGAAGAUUUAACACGUGACAUGGACGAUCCGCCAGCAGAAACUAAUCUACAGGAGGUUAUCAAAACCACUUCCUUACAAUCCACUGCUAGUCCAGCACCUGCUAGCAAAUCUAGAGCUGAUAAUGAUAUGAUGCCAAUUAAAGGAGGUACUUUAACUGAUUUGGAUGAUGAAAUGACUGGUGGCAGCGGCACUCAAGCUUUGUCAGCAUGUGAUGGUGAAAAUUCUCAAACUGGAAAAACCAGUGAGAAUAGCAAUACUCAGGAAUUCUCAUCAUCAGCCAAAGAGGACAUGGAAGAUAAUGUUACUGAACAGACACAUCAUAUUAUCGUGCCCUCUUAUUCAGCUUGGUUUGAUUAUAAUUCUAUACAUGUGAUUGAAAAACGAGCAAUGCCGGAGUUCUUUAAUUCCAAAAAUAAAUCAAAGACGCCAGAGAUUUAUAUGGCUUAUAGAAACUUCAUGAUUGAUACGUACCGUCUCAAUCCUACCGAGUAUUUAACCAGUACAGCCUGUAGACGUAAUUUGGCUGGUGAUGUUUGUGCGAUUAUGCGAGUCCAUGCAUUCCUCGAACAGUGGGGCUUGAUUAAUUAUCAAAUUGACGCAGAACUUCGUCCCACGCCCAUGGGACCACCACCCACAUCUCAUUUCCAUAUUUUAUCUGAUACACCUUCUGGUAUACAGUCAUUAAAUCCUCAGAAAACUCAACAGCCAUCAGCUGCUAAAUCUCUUCUCGACCUUGAUAAAAAGCCAUCGGGUGGACCAAGCAAGGAGGGUAAAGAAGAUUCAUUAGAUAAGGCGCCAGUGGGUAUAAAAACUGAACCGGUUGAAAACGGAAGUGCAGCCACUGCUUCUGGACAGUUUGGUUUAAAACUCGAUCAGUAUGCUAAGAAACCAGCAGCAAUGAAAAAUCGCACUGCUGCUAGCAUGUCUAGAGAGUGGACAGACCAGGAAACACUACUUUUAUUGGAAGGCUUAGAAUUACACAAAGACGAUUGGAAUAAAGUGUGUGAACAUGUAGGUACACGCACCCAGGAUGAGUGUAUUUUACAUUUUCUACGACUACCAAUUGAAGAUCCCUACCUUGAAGACGAUGGUGGAUUUUUGGGUCCUUUAGGUUGUCAACCUAUUCCAUUCAGUAAAUCAGGCAAUCCCAUCAUGUCCACAGUAGCAUUUUUAGCUUCCGUUGUAGAUCCACGCGUAGCUGCAGCAGCGGCUAAAGCAGCAAUGGAAGAAUUUGCUGCAAUUAAAGAUGAAGUGCCAGCAGCAAUUAUGGAAAGUCAUUUGAAGAACAUAGAAAAAGCUACAUCAUCUGGCAAAUUUAAUCCAUCUUACGGAUUAGUUAGUAGCGGUAUUGCCGGAACAACUGCUGACAAAGAAGAUGAAGAUCCUAAUGCAGCAACAGUAGGUACCGUACCUCACGGAUCGACUGAUGAAGAAAUGAGGGACUUGUCAAAGAAAGACGAUAAAGAUCUUACCAAAUCCCCCUCCAAAUCCAAAGACGAAUCUAAAGACAAAGAUGACAAAGAAAAGACAGAAAAAGAAACUGAUAAUAAAAAAGAUGAAAAUGCUGGUGUAAUGGAUGUCAAGGAUAUUAAAACCGAGGAAUCAAGUGGAAAUGGAGCUGAAGGUGUCUCAAAAGAAAUUGAUGCAUCUAAACAAGUAUUCAAUGAGGCAAAUGUUCAGACUGCUGCUGCUGCCGCCCUAGCAUCAGCUGCGGUUAAAGCCAAACACUUGGCUGCUUUAGAAGAACGAAAAAUUAAGUCAUUGGUUGCUCUCCUAGUGGAGACUCAAAUGAAAAAGCUUGAAAUAAAAUUGCGUCACUUCGAGGAAUUAGAAACUACAAUGGAACGUGAGCGAGAGGGUUUAGAAUAUCAAAGACAACAACUUAUAACAGAGCGCCAACAAUUCCAUCUUGAACAAUUGAAAGCAGCUGAAUUUAGAGCCAGACAACAGGCUCACCAUCGUCUCCAGCAGGAACAACAAUGGCAAGGUGGCGCAGCAGGUACCGCAACUGCCGCAGGUACAACAGUUCCAGCUGCAAGUGGUGCCGCUCCUAGUUCAGGUGGGACUCAAAGUAGUACAUUACCUGGGGCACCAUCAGUUGGACCUCAAAUAGGUCCAAGUGCUACUAUGCCAGGAGCCCCUACUGCCGCUCCAUCAACACAUGUUGGAACACCAGGUCCUAAUUCUGCCAGUGGUCCAAUAGCUGGUGGUCCUCCUGCAGGGCAAUCCACCACUCCCAUGGAUACUACACCAGCAGUCGGUGCGCCUCAACCUGCAUUAGCAUCAGAAGCACCUACUGCAACACCAGGCUCAGGGCCAUCUAUACCACCUUCAAAUCCCACAGUUCCAAUACCCACAAAUGUAUCUGUCCCUCCUCAACCUACACCCAACAUUCCACCGGCACCAGGAGGUCCAACGGUUGCUACCACAUCAUCUUAAAUAUGUAGUAACAACACUUCUUCGACAAUUUUUCUAAAAAUGUAGGUUUAGUAUUUAAAUUUAGUUUUAUAGAUGUUCUUUAGAAUUGUAUAAAUUCGUCGGGUAUCCUUUUUCAACUUCCUAAUGAAUUUCGUCGAUCUUUUGCUUACCAUAUGGAAAUUUGUUUGCAGAUUUAUAAAAUGUUUGAAAUAGGCCCAUAUCCAUGUAUAUUUCACAUUUAUCUCUAUAUGCGGAUAAAACGUAUUUACAAUGAUGAAUAUUCGAAUAACAAUUGAUUAAUAUCUUAUUAUAAAUAAACGUAUUCGAUUAGUUGUACGUAA